UCAAACUGUGGUUACCAACAUUUGACUGGGAUUGACCGAUUUGUCCGACUGCUUCUCCAUUUCUGCUUCGUGUGCGCCGGAAUCCGACUCUGGUCUUCUAUAAUUAUAAGGGGACACAAUAGCCGACUUUGUUUCUUUCUUCGGAGUUGACUUUACGGACGUGCGACUAGCCCUAUGUGCAGAAGAAGUUCGACCAUGGGUAGGUUUCGGUAACCUAGUUUUGUGUGGUAUACCGCAACGAUGGCCCGCUUUGACAGGAGUCGAGUGAGUAGAACUAGCAGCACCGGUUGCUGUCGGAAACGGACGGUCAUAUGAAGUAGAACUUAUUUUCGAACAAUCGAUCGUAAUGUUAUCUUCUUCAACGUAACAAUCAAGAGGGAGGGAGGUGUCUGGCUUAUCAAAAUUUUCGAUUUCACUAUCAGACCAACUUUCUGAAGAGUCACAUGACGGUGACUUCUCAUCUGCAUGAGUGAGAGCUAUGCUUCCAAAGCCAUCUUCAAAAUCCUCCACAUUGUCGAGGUGACCUGCGAUUAGCGGGGAAGGGCGGACGCAGUGGGUCACCGGAGAGCAACCGCGUCCGCCCUCCUCGUUUUUUGAAUUGUUCUUGAACGAUGGAGAUGGCUGUGGCAUAGCCGCAUGGAUACAAGCACUCAGCAAGCGAUCAGCAUUUGCAUUAGGCGAAUGAUGUAGGCCGUCUCCAAGACUGUGGCGUGACUUUCGCGGUGACGGUUGCGCAGACUCUAUCAUGUCAGCAAGAAGUCGAUCAUCUGCCAUCAUUGAUUUGUUCUUCAUCUUCUAAAAUGA